AUGGCUGGCUUCCAGCCGCCUGGAGGAAGGGCUAGCCGCUCCUUUACUGAAGUCCUUCAGGAUCAGCCGUCGCUGUCGCCUUGCAAGAUCAGACCUAUCUCUCAGUUCAAAGGGGAACCAGCAAUUUUGUUCUCGAAGAAGGAUAUUGCCAAGAUGGUUGCGCCCUUCAAGUUCGCCAUUGUUGAGAAGUUUUCUCAUGGGCGGCCAAGUCUUGAUGCUAUGCGCAAAUCCUUCUCAACAAUUGGAUUCCAGUCCAGUUUCAACAUCGGCCUUUUGGACCAACGUCAUGUUCUCAUCCGCUUUGGGUUGGAAGAAGACUACCUACGGUGUUGGAUGAAAGGCCUCUGGAGCAUUGCCGACUUCUCCAUGCGCGUUUUCAAGUGGUCUCCUAACUUUCAGCUUACCAGUGAGUCCUCCCACGCACCAGUAUGGAUUGCAUUGGAACAAUUACCUGUUCACUUCUUCAACAGGGCUUCGCUGUUCUCCAUUGCUAGUGCAAUCGGCAGCCCUCUGAAAGUCAACUCGGCGACGGCAACCUUGGCCCGUCCCAAUGUGGCUCGCGUCUGUGUCGACUUGGACGUCUCCAAGGACCCGCCUGGUCGCGUCUGGAUCGCAGCGGGCAGCCAUGGUUUCUGGCAGAAGGUGGCUUACAAGAACCUGCCGCCUUAUUGCUCCGUUUGCCAUCAACAGGGUCAUCCUUCCUCGGGUUGUCGGUGA